UUUUUUUCAGUUUCUUUUUUUUCUUAUUUAUCCUUAUUUCUUUAUUUUUCUCCCCUUUUUCACUUCAAGUGUUUAAUUCUCUUUCUUCUUUUUUACUGUUGGUUUUUUAAAACGGCUGAUUGUUGGACUUCUUUUUCGAUUCUUCUGGAAAAAAAAAUACCGGCCCUAAAAGCACAUUCUUCUUGUUGCUUUUUUUCCCCUCUCUUAGUUGGAUGUUUUCUUUUUGUAACGAUACCAUUACCGAUCAUUGCGUAGUUUUAUAAAGAGCAUCAUGGAUUCAACCGCGCGGCAUUCAACCUAUACACCUACCCUUAAUCGAAGUCUUUCGUUCACGUCACAGUCCAGUACGAACGAACCACCGUUGGCAUCGGACGCACUGGUAUUUAACGACGAUAUAACAACGACCGGGAAUCGACCCAAACGAAACAAAUCGUUAGUUCGACCGGAAAGAGAACGAAUUGACCCUAAUCAUCGACAAUACCACUAUCGACAAGCAGCCACGAAACGAGGGCCCGAUCAUGUUGUCCCCAGUACCACAGGCAACCAACCGGCUCGACCACUGGAACGACGACCGACGGCUCGUCAAGUGCUGCUUCGACGGGGUCGAAGUAUCCUCGGAAGAGAAGAGAAACAGGCCGAGGAAGAUGAUAUCGUCGCCCAGCCGAGAAGGAAAAAGAGCUGUUGGAAGUCUCUCCCCAGCCCCUGGAUGACUUACUGCCGCAUCAUUACUUGUUGUAUCCCAAAACCCUUGCUCCGGAUGGUGGGCAUCCCUGAUGGUCCUGCACAGAUGGCUUGGCGAGAAAAGAUUGGCCUUGUGUCGUUCAUUCUCUUGAUUAUGGCCUUUGUGGGUUUCCUGACCUUUGGUUUUACCCAAGCCGUAUGCCCUAUUCCCCCCUUGAGCGUGCACGGGGGUCAAGUCAGUCCCGGCUAUCUAAUUAUUAACGGCUGGGCUUACAUGUUGGCCGACUGGUCACAACAUCCGGCUAUCCCCGGUAUGACCAAUGAUUCCACCAAUCUUUUGUACCCGCCCGUCAAUGGCGGUGGUAUGGAUGCGUCAUUUUUAUUCCAAACCCCAAGCCCUUCCUGCGCUUCCGUAUUUCUUCCAAAGCAAGGCAAUCAGCCCGUUUAUUUUCCAUGCCAGCUAUUCAAUCCCAACAACACCGUACCACCAGAUCCAAACACUUUUACAAAUCAGACGCGAUGUCAUUUAGGCCAAGCCUCCCGUAAUCAGUUUCAGAAUUUCCAAGUCAACGGUGUACCUUCCUCCAAAGGCGAACUGAACAAAGCGGCGCGAGUGUAUUACAAUUGGACCGAUAUCACUAUGACGAAUUACCUAAUGGUCUAUAACAAUGAUGUUUUGAAUCUACGGCUAUUACAAUCAUUGCCUCCAGCUUAUUACGACGUUCCUCCGGGCGGAUUGAUCCAGCAAAUAUUGGCGGACAUGGGAUCGUUCGGUGGCAAAGAUAUGAGUCGUGCGAUCAAUGCGUAUCGAGAACCGAAUUCAAGUUGGCAAAAAGAAGCGGAUUGCUUGUCAACGGUGAUCAAAGUGGGCGCAGUGGAUACGCUUAGUGUGGGAUGCAUGGCGUCCCAGAUCGUACUUUACGUAUCAUUAGCCGUAAUUCUUGGCGUCAUCAUCGUCAAGUUUGUGCUGGCGGUUAUUUUUGGCUGGUUCUUAUCAUGGAAGUUGGGUAAUUUCAAGGAAGGCGAUUCGUAUGCCGCACGAAUGAAGCGAGAAGCGGAAAUCGAAAACUGGACACGGGAUAUCCACACCGCCGCGCCUCUCAGCAAACCCAAGCAGCCACCUUCGUACAACAAAGGUCAAGCGAAUAAACGCAAAUCACUGUUUCCGCAGACCUCACGAUUCACUCAACCCUUGCAUGGCUCCACUCGAUUCGAUACCGAUAAAUUAUCCACACCGUUAUGGAAGACUCCUUCAGGAGCCUUAUCGACACCAGCAUUUGGUGCAAGUCGACCCGGAUCUUCUUAUUUUGGUGCGUCGCCUUCAGCCCGGUUUCUUGGCGAUGCAGGCAGUAUGCGUAUGUCCGGGAUGCUUACACCAUUGCGACCGCCGUCCGUGUAUUCCUCCGAUUUGCAAAGCGACACUUCCUCCAACACGAGCGGAUGUCCGUUUCCAUUAUCACCCCAUGUCGUGCCUCGUCCUCCCCCGGACUAUAUGCCAUUUAAUUUCCCGCUCGCUUACACCAUUUGUCUUGUCACUUGCUAUUCGGAAGGAGAAGAUGGUAUUCGAACGACCCUGGAUUCCAUUGCUACCAGUGACUAUCCCAAUUCGCACAAACUCCUCUUGGUGAUUUGUGAUGGUCUUAUUACCGGUCAUGGUAACGCCAUGUCGACGCCGGAUGUUUGUGUGUCUAUGAUGCAAGAUUUUAUCGUGGAUCCCAAAGACGUUCAACCUGAACCUUAUGUCGCCAUUGCCGAUGGAUCCAAGCGAAACAAUAUGGGUAAAGUGUACGCCGGAUACUACAAGUACGACGAUAACACAAUCGAUCCCGCGCACCAACAGCGAGUCCCCAUGAUCACCAUUGUGAAAUGCGGAACUCCCGAGGAAGCCAACGAAGCAAAGCCCGGCAAUCGCGGUAAACGCGACUCGCAAAUCAUCCUGAUGCAGUUUAUGCAAAAAGUGAUGUUUGAUGAACGCAUGACAACAAUGGAAUACGAUUUUUUCAAUGCUAUUUGGCGUAUUACGGGCGUUACCCCUGACAGCUAUGAGAUUUGUCUGAUGGUGGAUGCAGAUACCAAACUCUAUCCAGAUGCAUUAAGCCGACUCGUGUCUUGUGCCGUCAAAGAUCCAGAUAUUUCAGGCUUAUGCGGUGAAACAAAGAUCGCCAACAAAACAGGCAGUUGGGUCAGCAUGAUUCAAGUGUUUGAAUAUUAUAUUUCGCAUCAUCAAAGCAAAGCCUUUGAAUCUAUCUUUGGUGGUGUGACGUGUUUGCCUGGUUGUUUCUGUAUGUACCGUAUCAAGGCACCCAAAGGUCCCAAUGGUUACUGGGUGCCUGUUCUUGCCAAUCCUGAUAUCGUUGAACAUUAUUCGGAAAACGUCGUCGAUACAUUGCAUAAAAAGAACCUUUUACUAUUGGGUGAGGAUCGUUAUCUGUCCACCCUCAUGUUACGGACCUUCCCCAACCGAAAAAUGAUGUUUGUGCCACAAGCUGUGUGCAAAACGGUGGUGCCUGAUACAUUUUCUGUAUUACUAUCGCAACGACGACGAUGGAUCAAUUCGACGAUCCACAACUUGAUGGAAUUGCUGUUUGUUCACGACCUGUGCGGCACUUUUUGUUUUUCGAUGCAAUUCGUCGUUUUCAUGGAACUGGUGGGUACGCUGGCGCUUCCCGCCGCCAUUUCAUUUACAAUCUAUCUGGUAAUUAUGGCCAUUCUUGGCCAACCGGCCUUGAUUCCUCUCAUCCUACUGGCUGUCAUUCUCGGGUUGCCGGCGGUACUGAUUGUCAUGACGAGCCGAAAAGUGGUCUAUGUAGGCUGGAUGUUGGUGUACCUUUUCAGCUUACCGAUUUGGAACUUUGUUUUGCCAACUUAUGCGUACUGGCAUUUCGACGAUUUUUCGUGGGGUGACACCCGUAAAAUCGCAGGAGCAGGCAAAGAAAGCGGCCACGGCGAUAAAGAAGGCGAGUUUGACAGCAGUCGUAUUGUCAUGAAGAAAUGGAGCGAGUACGAAAAGGAACGACGGAUCAAUCAAGCUUUGGAACGCAAUUUACCGCUGCCACGGUUCCUGGAACGACCUCGCAGUGUGGAUAUUUUCCGUGAUUCGCAAAUGUUCAAGCGAUUGAGCAAAGCGGGUUCGUCUGGAUCCAACGAAAGUGAAAUGCCACUCACCCAGAUGGAUUACACUGGCAACACGCAUCCGAACCCUGGCGCCAAUGGCCCGGCAGGUGGCAGUGGUGGAGCCAGCAACAGCAGCGGAUUAGUGCCUUCUGUGUUUCACAAGAAACAGCCACAUGACUACUUUCAUCGGACAGCCGAUAUGCCAUUGACAACGCUUCAUCCGGUUCAUCAACGAUUGCAGGAAACGGAGGACGAAUUAGCCAUUGACGAAGCUGUGCCGGCUACUACCACCACAAAUUCGAAGCAAAAGAAUGACUAUUUUGCCAAAUCGGAAGAUUCAGGAACCACCACGGCUGUUCUCACUAAUACCGACCGAGAUUCAAAUUGGAUCCAACACAGCACACAUGACAAUAACUGGGCCAACCCCGCACCGCAUCAUACUAGAUAUCACGAUCAUCCUCAUUCUGACCAUACCAAUAAUUCCACCACCAGCCCUACUAUUGACCGGUUACCAUUCGAUAACACCACGCGUCCUUCCCCUCCACCUCAUAAAGAAGGCUAAAAAAUUUUUUUCUUUCGUUACAAUAAUGAUUUAUUUUUUUUCUUUUCUCUUUUUCCUUUUUUUUUUUUUUCUUUGUAUCAUACGCAGAUUCCACCCCUCCUUUUUUUCCAGGGCGUGCUAUUGUUUUUUUUCCAUUUUUCUUUAAUACAGACAAGGCAUAUUGAACCCUUUUCCUCCCUGAAUGUUUAAGCAUGGUCUCUUCCAUUUGUUUCUUGUUGAAUUUUCCAUUUUGGAUUAUGUGAUUUUCCCAAAGGGAGCAUG